CCAGCAUUUCAGCAGUUUGCGAAGGAAAGUGAUAUGAAGGGACAGCUGCAAGUUAGCCACAAGCUAGAUUUGAAGAGAUCAAGCAUUUAUUUCACUUGGAAGAAAGAGAGAAGGAAGGAAGCUGAGGGCUUAGCAGGUCUACAGGUAUUGUUGGACAGGCCAUGGCUCCACGGUCCCGGCGACGAAGGCACAAGAAACCCCCUUCAUCAGUGGCUCCCGUGGUCGUGACUCCACCUGCCAUUGUGACCCCUAUGCCUCUGGCCCGCUCAGAACCUGGCCCUAGCAUUGAUAUGCUUGGCUUCUUCUCCUUGGAGGAUAAUGUUCCUGGCCUAUCCCAUCUGAUCCUUCAAAAGCUGAACAUGAAAAGCUAUGAAGAAUACAAGUUGGUGCUAGAUGGGGGUACUCCUGUAUCAGGGUUCGGAUAUCGCUGCCUUCAAGAAAUGUUCCAGAAGAUGGAGGACACAUUCCGAUUCUGUGCCCACUGUAGAGCACUCCCUAGUGGCCUCUCAGACUCCAAGGUCCUCCGGCACUGCAAAAGGUGCAGAAAUGUCUAUUACUGUGGUCCAGAAUGCCAGAGGUCAGACUGGCCAGCACACAGGAAGGUUUGUCAAGAGCUGCGUCUUGUCGCUGUGGACCGUUUCAUGGAAUGGCUUCUGGUCACAGGUGAUUUUGUCCCACCCUCAGGACCUUGGUCAUGGCCGACUGAAGUUGUCCAGGGCUGGGACACCUGGUUUUCUAUGCGAUGUUUGCAGCUAGAUGCUACACUGGAUGCUGUGCUUAGUAGUCAGGCCAUGACCACCUUGUGGGCCAAUGUCGGACGGCCAAGGCCAGACCCAGGUGUCCUGCAGGGCUCUUUGAAGCGGUUGCUGACAGAUGCCUUGUCCCGGCCCUUGACACUGGGCUUUGGGCUUCGGGCCUUGGGGAUAAACGUUGGGAAGGUCGGGGGAAGCACAGUGCAUGUGAUUGGCGCUUCCCAUGCAGAGACAUUCCUCACUCGCCCCGGGGACUAUGAUGAGCUUGGCUACAUGUUUCCUGGGCACCUUGGCUUCCACAUAAUCAUGGUGGGUGUGGAUGUAGCUGCUGACUUUUCACAGAGCCCCUCCGCUUCACUCCCAGAACCUGGCACAAUUCAGCUUAGUAGCCACAGGGGCCUCUAUCAUGACUUCUGGGAGGAGCAGGUAGAGACUGGGAAGAUACCUCAUCCAGAUUUGGUGGUGGCAUUCCAUCCAGGUUUCCAUGCUUCUGCGGACUUGAUGGAGGCUUGGCUGCCCACUCUCCUGCUACUUCGUGAUUAUGAGAUCCCUACAAUGAUUACUGUUUACAGCCAUCAGGAGUUGGCAGCCUCUUUGCAGAUCCUGGCGGACCUGGAUACACACAUCACAGCCUAUGGAGCGAACCCUUUCGCCUCCCUCAAACCUGAACAGGUGUACUCCAACCCCAACAAGCAGCCAGUAUAUUGCAGCACUUACUAUAUUAUGUUUCUCGGAAGCUCCUGCCAGCUGGAUAAGAGGCAAUUGGAAGAGAAAGUAGAUGACGGGGUAUAAAUAGCUGUGCCAGAUCCUGACUGGAUGUCUAGAAAAUGGAGAGGUUGUGAUGAAAUGACAUGUUGAUGCCAGGUUAUUACCGACUUUAAAACCCGCUAAAUCCUAAACCUAAUACACUUGUCUAGGUAGAUUCUAAACUGAACGGGAGCUCCUCUAUGAUAUGACUCAUUUCUAAGAGGUUAGCCACACGUAGCUUCUAGAGACAGGAUUCUUGAUUUAGUGUGUGGCAAAAGGCCCUAGUAUCAGUCUUUAGAGCCUAAAGUUCCUAACAGAUUCCUUUGUGAGAAAGUUAUACUUUCUGACUUGAACCACAUGGCACGAAGGAGAAGAAUGGCACCUUAUUCUUCCAAAGAAAAAAUUUUCUUAUAUGGCAAUUUGAGCUCAAAAAUAUAGAGGUAUUAAUGACUUGAAGUGGUGGAAGAAUGAGUAAGUCAGAAAAGUGGUUGGGAUCAUGAGGGAGGUUGUGAGGAUUGCUACCUUGUUCUAUCUUCUGACAUUACUUGCAUAUACUGAAGUUUGUUAUCACCUGGUCUAUACCACAAUAAACUCUGUUUGGAGCUGC